CUCGCCUCGUCGCCGCCGUCAGCCCCUCGCCUCGUCGCCGCCGUCAGCCCCUCGCCUCGUCGCUGCUAGCCCUCCCCCUUCGCCUCUUCGCCGCCAGCGGCCAGCCAUGGACGUUGCCCCCGGCGAAGACCCCCCAGCAGACUCCUCCGGCAUGUAUUACCGCAGAAAAAGGAAGCCUUCCAACCCCAUGAAUAAUCUUUCACUUACUGGAAAUAGGGUUCACAGUUGGGGAUGUGGCAGUGUUACCGAGCAGUGGGACCGCUUGUAUGCUCAGAAGGUCCAAUUACUGACUUUCCUUUCGACUCUGCCCGAGCCUGCUCUGAGUUAUGGGCUGAGUGCUGAAACUGAUAUGGCCAAUUCUAUCGAGCAAAGAGAAGAGAAAAAGAGUGUAAUAGUUCUUGAUUCGGACGAUGAAGAUGAAAGCACAAGAGCACACAAACAACUGACGCCUGAGAAAAACAAACAGCUCACACCUGAGAAAAAUAAACAGCUGAUACCAUCAGAACAGGCUGGUGCUCUCUUGAGGGUGGUAACUGAAGGAAUUGAUGAAGUAAUAAAUGAGACAAUGCCUGUUGGAGACCAAAAGAGUCAAAUUGUUCCGUAUAGUCCAAGUGCAACUUUAGUGAAUCAGUAUCCUGUUACCAGCUAUCAACCAUCAGCAGUUCUGUUUGAGAGAGUUAUAUUGCAGAAAAGACCUGAGGAGGAACGUAUCCAUGAUCUGGCUGUUGCUACCCAUAAGGAGAAAAUAGCAGAAACACAAGUUCUCCCUCCACUGCCUAAGGAGAGAAAAAAACGAAAAGUUGAUCCAAGCUCCCAGGUAGAUGGGGAUGUUGAAAUUGUGCCAAGAAAAACAAAAACAAAAAAUGAAGCAAAUCCAGCAGUAUUUGAUUUGCCCUCAGAACCUUACAAUCCUGUGGGGGAAGACAAGCCUGUGGAGGAAGAUGAGCCUAUGGGGGAAGAUGAGCCUAUGGAGGAAGAGCAUAUACAAGAACAGGAAAGUGAUGGUCUUGAAGAUUUUUGGAAUGAGUACUCAGUGGCACUUGAAAGCUCUAAGCUCGACACACUUGAAGAGGCAGCCAAUGAGAAAGAAGUGGGUGAGAAAGAGGUGGACAACGCCUGCAAUCAUGAUAUACAGAUUCACGAAGAUCUGGGCCAUGUAUGCCGUGUCUGCGGUUUGAUUGUGAAAAGGGCUGACACAAUCAUUGAUUAUCAGUGGAGAAAGGCAUCAAGGUCAAGAUCAUAUUUCUCUGAAAAGCGUUCAAAGGAUUCUGACGAGAUUGUCACUGGUGAUGUUAGAGUCGCUGAAGAACUCAAUGCUUUAGACAUUGCUAUUCAUCCAAGACAUGAAAAGCAAAUGAGACCACAUCAGCUGGCAGGUUUCCACUUUCUGGUCAAGAAUUUGGUCUCUGACAAACCAGGAGGUUGCAUUCUAGCUCAUGCCCCUGGUUCGGGGAAAACAUUUAUGCUCAUUAGUUUUAUUCAGAGCUUAUUGGCAAAGUAUCCCUCUGGAAGGCCGCUCGUUGUACUCCCUAAAGGCAUAUUAGGUACAUGGAAAAGGGAAUUUCAACAGUGGCAAGUGGAGGACAUACCACUGUAUGACUUGUAUUCUGUCAAGACCAGAGCAGAGCAGUUGGAAAUCCUCAAGUCUUGGGAAGCCAAAAGGAGUAUCCUCUUGGUGGGCUACACUCAGUUCUCUUGGAUCAUUAGCAGUGACGAGGGUGGUGCCGUUGCAGCUGGAUGCCAGGAGAGGUUGCUUAAGGUCCCAAACCUACUUAUAAUGGAUGAGGGCCAUUUACCUAGGACUGAGUCAACUAAUGUUCUAGAAUCACUGCAGAGAGUACAAACUCCACGUAAGGUGGUCCUAUCUGGUACACUUUUCCAAAAUCAUGUCUCAGAAGUGUUCAACAUCGUGAAUCUUGUACGCCCAAAGUUUCUCAAGAAGGAAUCGUCUCGUCCUAUCGUUGCCCGUAUAAUGAGUCAAGUGUCGAUAUCAGGUCGCAGGAUUUCAAAAGAAGACACUGAUAAAUUCAAUGAGUCGGUAGAAGAGACCCUGCUGCAUGAUGGUGACUUCACGAGAAAAGUAAACGUCAUUAGAAGUCUCAGAGAACUAACAAAAGACGUGCUUCACUACUACAAGGGUGAUAUCUUGGAUGACCUACCUGGCCUUGUAGACUUCAGUGUCUUCUUGAAACUCAGUCCCAAGCAGAAAGAAAUCGUUCACAAGUUGGAAGCCUACGAGAAGUUCAAAAAAAAUGCAGUAGGAACUGCCUUGUACAUGCAUCCAUGUCUGUCAGAAAUGUCAGAAGUUGCCGCGGCUGAUAGGGCUUCCAACUUGACGGAUGCAGCUGUUGAUAGUCUGGUCCAGUCUAUCAACGUGGCCGACGGUGUGAAGGCCAGAUUUUUCACCAAUAUCCUGGCACUUGCGGAAUCUGCAGGAGAGAAGGUCCUUGCUUUCAGUCAGUACCUGCUUCCCAUGAAAUUUUUGGAAAGGCUACUUGUUAAGACAAGGGGCUGGCAUGUAGGAAAGGAGAUGUUUGUGAUCCGUGGUGAUAGUAAAUGUACUAUGGAAGAAAGAGAACUGACAGUGGCUCAGUUUAACAACUCUGCUGAUGCAAAAGUCCUGUUUGGCUCUAUCAAGGCAUGUGGGGAGGGCAUCUCCCUGGUGGGCGCAUCGAGAGUGGUCAUUCUAGAUGUUCACUUGAACCCCUCUGUUACCCGUCAGGCAAUUGGGCGGGCGUUCAGGCCUGGACAGCAGAAGAAAGUGUUUGUCUACAGGCUCGUAGCAGCUGACUCUCCGGAGGAGAACACCCAUAAAACUGCGGUCAAGAAGGAGGUGAUACCGAAGCUGUGGUUUGAAUGGAGCGAGCAGCGCUGCACGUCGGAGGGCUUCCAGCUGAACGAAAUAGACAUCGACGACUGCGGGGACGAGCUGCUGGACAACAGGGCAAUGCGCCAGGACAUCACGGCCUUGUACACAAGGUUGGUUGGAAAGAUGCCGAGAGACAAGCGCAGGCCGAGAGGCUUGGAUCAAGUACAAAAUGCCUCCAAGAGAGUGCUUAGGUCAAGUAGCAUCUCCAAAGUGCAGUCUGGCAAUUCUAGUAAAACUGGUGAAUGUGCUGGGAGUGAACUCACUCAAGACGAUGCUUUAUGUGAUGGAGAUACGGUGGUACUUGAACGCACAGCUGGAGGUUUCAUUGCAUUGUCAGAUGGUAAAAGCAAGAUGACCGAUAAUGUGGCGCUUGCCAAUGCUAGUAAAACUGAUGCAUCUCCCUUGGCUGAGGAUCUCAUUAGACAAGCUGCUUCAAACUUCAAACCAACCGUUGUAUCUCUUGCUUCACUCGAUGGAAAUACCAUGCUGGCUGAAUGCACAGGUGUUUGCCUUGAAUGCCCAGAUCCUAAUACUGCAAAGUUUCUGACUUCACUAAGCUUGUUUACAGCAUCAGAUGGUAAAAGGAAUAGCAGUGAUCGUGUCAGGAUUCAAGUACGCUCCCCAAAUGGUCGAGUCGUCAGUGGGCAGUUACUGUAUUAUGAUGCAUAUUAUGGUAUUGCUUUUGUCGGCACCCAGCAUUUGCCUGGCUGUGAAGUAGACCACAGGCUUGUGCUUGAUCAUGACAAACAACUUGAGUCUAGUAGUGAGGUGGUAGCGUUAUGGCAAUCUUUCAGUUCAGACAAAUUGAUGGCCAGCCACGGGCAGUUGAUUGGCACUACAGAUGGUACAGUCCACAAGCUUAUGUACAGUACAUGUAAAAUCACUAGGGUUGGGUUUGGAGGCCCUCUCAUUGAUUUAGAUGGGCAUUUUGUUGGCAUGAACUUCUAUCAUAGUCAAACGAGCGCGGACCGUCAGCAAAUAGUGAUUACUCCCUGCCUUCCGCGGAAAAUAGUUCUAAAAUGUAUGCAGUAUUCUGGGAUAUUCAAGCUUGAAACUGAAACCAAGCAAGGGGGUGAUGAUACGAUAGAAAGUAGCCCGACCAAGAUACAUGAAUCUUGUACACAUGGUAACUACUAUCGGGACGGUUUCUUCGCCAUGAACCCAGGUUAG